AACCAAUCCCCCCAAAGUGCGCUUUUCUGAGCAAGUGUCUAUCAGUGACCCAGACUCAACCAUGCUGAAGGACGAUUCGUUGCUGCUCAUACCCAACGUGUUAAAGGUGUUCCUGGAGAACGGUCAGAUCAAGUCCUUCACGUUCGACAGCCGAACUACAGUAAGGGAUGUGAUGUCAUCGUUACAGGAUCGUCUCUCUCUGCGCUACAUUGAGCAUUUUGCUUUGGUUUUGGAGUCUGGUGGUCUGGAACACAACCAGAAACUUCACCUGCUGCAGGAGAACCAGCCGCUGUCACACGUGGUACAUAGAACCUACUUUCAGGGGAUGAGGUGUCUGUUCAGGAUCUGUUUCUUUCCCAAAGACCCCGCAGACUUACUGAGGAGAGACCCCGCUGCCUUCGAGUACCUCUACAUUCAGAGCCGCAAUGACGUCAUCAAAGAGCGUUUCGGGAUGGACUGGAAGGCCGACGUCACGCUGAGGCUGGCGGCGCUCCACAUUUACAUCACUGUGUCAGUAGCCAGACCCAAUCAAAAGAUCUCGCUCAAGCAUGUGGAAAAAGAAUGGGGUCUGGAGCCUUUUCUUCCUCUCACCUUGCUGCCUACGGUCAAAGAGAAGAACGUCUGCAAGACUCUCUCACAGCUUCUAAAGACCUAUCAGCACCAACCACCUGCUGGCAACAAGGUUCCUCCUCUGCAAGGAAAGUUGCAGUACAUUCGGGUGCUGAAUGACCUGCCGCCGUUCGGUGGAUUGUUGUUUCACACAGUCGGGCUGGAUGAAAAACACACAGCCACUACAUUAUUGAUAGGGCCUAGACAUGGCAUCAGUCACGUCAUUGACCUAAAAAAUAACCUCACAACAGUCUUGGCUGAGUUCAGCCGCGUAGCAAAGGUUCAGCUCUUCCGCGAGCACCAGGGAGUCGCUCGGGUCGAGGUGGCCAUGCUUGAUGCUAAGCCGCUGAUUUUUUUGAUGGAGUGGCCCGACGCUUCAAACUUUGCCUGUCUGAUUUCCGGCUAUUACAAACUCUUUGUGGAUCCCAAAAGGACCAUCUACUACAGGGCACCGGGUCAGUCUCAUAUGAUCAAGGCAGAUUUCAGAAGCUCUCAUCCUCAUUCCCGAUCUGGGGCCUCGGUGUCGAGUGGCAGUCGGCGAGAAGAGAGGGAGGGUUUGUCUCGAGAGCCUUCGCUCAAGAUACCAGCGCAGUCGCAACAUCUUGGCCUCUGUCACAUCCAUCUGAAGGAGCAACAACAGCUUCAGGAGCUCCAGAUGCAAGCAGAUGAGCAGUUGGAUAUCAAUGAGAACCUCAUCUUGCAUGGACAGAACCGGUCCCAAGCCAAGUCUGAUCCCACCCUUAAAAACGUCGAUCCAGAGAGCCCUUCCCGCGACACCUCGGGCUUCAGGGGACGAGCAAGAACACUGGAGAACUCGCAGCAGAGAUUUUUCUGUGACUCCUGCAAAGCCAAACUGAAGGCUGGAGGAGUGGCGCCAGAUAAGGGUGCAUCCGGAAAACUUGCUGUGCCAGGCAUGAAUGCUUGUUCCUCCUGCGAUGGAGGAGGAGCCGUUGACCUUAUCGCCCUCCCUCCACCUGGUAGUGAAGAGGAUGAAGAGACGGAGGAUGGAGGAGGGAAACUGCAACCUCCUCCUCCUGCCAUUGCUGCUCCACCGCCCGGGUUUCGAGAUAACAGCUCUGAUGAGGAUGACUCAAAAAAGAACCGUAAAGCUGCUGCUGCCGCCGCCGCUGCUGCUACUGCCGCUGCCGCUUCUGUUGCCGCUACUAAUACAGCCGUCACAGCUGGCACAGCUGUAACACCUGUGACAGUCACCCUAGAGAAAGUGCCAGUGACACUGAUUGAUAACGUGGCCCCAAGAACGGUUCGGGAUCACGCUCAAGAGCUAGAUGAUGCAUUAGUGUCCACCCUGCAGGCACUGGAGGCUCUGGCGGCAUCGGAGGACUACCCCCAUCAUCAUCAGCAGGCUCCACAGACAGCAGGGUUGAUUGUCCUGGCAGCUAUCACUCCGGAGUCAUCACUCGACUCCGGGCACGAGACCAACUCAUCAGAGCUUACUGACGUGUCAGAGAUGGUGACUGCCAUGAAGCAGCAUCAAAAUCAGGCCUAUCUUUUGGCCCACCACAUUAACAAAGAGCGAAUCUUUAGCCGGCGUGACUUUCCUCUCACUAUUCCCGGUUGCACAACCCAGACGAUUGGCGGAGGAGCUUUUUCCGUGGGUCAAAUCCGUAGUGGUUGCGCACCGAAAUCUGUCAUCCUUAGUAAAACUGUACCCUUAAGAGUCAGCCCUAGUCAAGCAGCCACACCCACUGGAGUUCCCAUGGAGCAAGUAAAGACUGAAUAUGUAGAAAACAAGGAACUGCAGGUAAAGAAAUCUAUAUCAGAGCCCAUUAAAGAGUGCUGUUUGGAACCUGUUCCUCUUAGAACUGAUGAACUGAAGGUUCCUGAAAAAGAGAGCACACCUGAGGUUAAUCAAGAGCUAAAAACACCAAGUUUUAAAGAUAAUAAAUUGAGCCCAAGUGUCUUAAAGACAGACAAAGAGAAAGAUUCUGGGCAGUCAAGCCAAGAAACUACCAAUAAAGCCUUACCUGUUCUCUUGCCUGUGGAAAGGAGUGCUUCUGCCAAAAUUUCCCCAACAAAGAUGUGCCCAGAUGUGGAGUCUGCCUCAAGUGAGACCAAUCAGCCUUCAAGUUCAAAGGAUCUACUACCCGUUGAUGACUUGUUCUGCACAUGUCCAGUUCGACCAGAUUCAGGUCCACAAUUGCGUCUGAAGGACCCACAAACCCAAAAGAUGGUUGUAUUCCACUCCUCCUCUCCAACUGAUGAUGAGCGACUCCGUGCCAAAGGAUUACAGAUAGCCAACAACAAAGAGAGUGCAGUCAGGACACCCGAUGUAAAUUUGACGAAGCCUAAAACCUUGCCCCAGGCGAAGUACUCUCCAGUUGUACCUGUUAAAAUAGAAAGGAAAGACACACCUGAGGUAAAGACAGAGAGCUCCAAAAGUAAAGCCCUUCCUGAGCCACAGAAAAGCACUAAAAGUGUGCCUGUUCUGGUCAACACAACUCACAUUCUGAGCGCCGACCAAAAAGGGGCAACUAUUCCUGGUGCCGAGUAUAAAAAGCAGGAAAACAGCAAAGCAAAGUCUCAGCGUAGUGCUCCGUUCAUGAGCAUAAAAAAUCUGAUCUCGGCCACGUUUCCCGCUCGACUGCGCCGGGAGACAGACGAACGCCGAGCGCAGCUUCAGAAGGUGAGACAAUAUGAGCUAGAGUUUCUAGAGGAGCUUCUAAAGCCGAAAGCAUCUCAAGGAGAGUUCCUACCCCAGGGGUCAUCCCCGAUCCCCUCGGGUACUCCGUGUUCAUGCCAGCUGCGCACCAGCCCUGUACAGAAAGUGCCCGGGAUUUCACGAGAACAACGACGUAGCUGCGACUGCAAAAGGAUGUGCAGGGCCAUGCGUCUCCCUGAUACCCCCGUGGGUUCUGCAGUGGAGCUCAGAGACAGAGAGAGGAACAUCUCCAAAACUCCCCCUGCAAAACCCAAAUCUUCACACGUUCAAGAGAGCUCCGCCCGACCUCACACACUGGAGAUCAAAACGACACGGAUCCGGUCCACAAGCCUCGAGUCGAGAGAACCUAGGGACACAAAUACAUCCUGUUUACCCACUUGUACCUUGCAUACAGAAUGCAUUGAAGCACCACAGUACAAAAAGCUCCAGCGGAGAUACAGCAUAGGGGAAAUAGAUAACAAUGAUAGCACACCCCUAUAUGCUGAAGUCAAAUCGACCAAAACAAAGAGCCUGGAGAAGGAAAUGGAAAGAGUUCGGGCUACAGGCCUAAGACUCCCAACACCCGUCGAGCCAAUUCAUACUCAAGCGGGAGAUUCAAAGAGGAAGGGCGUGUUCUUUCUUCAAGGGGAAGAACUUCUCCGAGAGAGUCGAGAGGGAACCACCGAGGUUCUGCUUGGCUUACCAAGUGAAGAUAAUGAGGACAGGGAAAAAUGUUGCUCCUUCUGUUUCUGCUAUCGCAAAUGCGAGGCCGCUGACGAGAGCAGUGAGAAAGAUGAAGUCUCUUACACCAUUCCUCUUCAGGUCUUACCUGGGAUGCGACUUGAUUCGAGAUCUAUGCCGGUAGUCAGCAAGACUCUGCAGGUACUCAAUGCUGAGGACUGCAGCGGCGAGGAAGAAGAAGAGGAGGAGGAACCACAAACUCAGGAGAUUGACCUACGAUCCUGUGACAGUUUUGAAACCAGCUUGGCACGCGUGCAGUCCCUGCAAGCCAAAACAUUCAGCCUACCUGAUGGUUUCUUGAGUGCACAACUUGAUGCCAAUGAGCUACUUUCGAUCUUGCGGCAGUGUGCUAACAGUCCGCAGAUCGAGGGCGAGCCCCGGAUGCUCCCGGCGAAGUUGGCAGAAUACAAACAGGAACUCGCGGUGCGCUUUAAGGAGUUCAGGGCAUCGUGCAGACGGGUGGCCAGUGUGGAAAAAAGUCCCUCGCGUAUGUUAAGUGCUGUCACAGCCAGCUUCCAGGUGUUGUGCAGCUUGACUCAGACGUUCAUUUGUUUGGUCAGGGGGGUGCGAUCCGAAAACCAAAGGCUGCAGCUUUUAAGAAAGGUAGAAGAAGUCGCUGUGAACUAUACUCUGCUUCUUCGGGCGGCCGAGGAAGCGAUGGGGCAUUCUAGCAGCCUGCCCAACAAGAGUGCAAGUCCACAAUUACCUUCUACUAAUAUGGGCUCGCUCGGUCGCGCCAUCAAAACCCUGCCCAGCAAGUAACGUUCUCUUUGCACAAGACUAAUAGCUAACACAACUCGAGUGUCAUGCCGGGGGGCUUAGGAAGGAACGAAUCCCUUAAGUGGAUUAAGUAGGCGAGGGAUCAUGACGCCUUAAGGAAGGGAACUUUUUCAGGGGAAUGAAAUUGUCUGGAGUUAAAGGAUCCAGUGCAUUAACCUGUCAGGGGCCCAAACUUUGUAAUGGCGCCUCUUUUGGGUCAUCUUAUUUUUUCAUUUCUGCCAAAUAACAUAUAACAUCACAUGUUUACAGAGUCGUUUCAGGCCAAGCUGCCUAAAUGUCCAUGCAGAGAACUAUUCGCCAGCGUCGGAGGAAUUCAGACCCGUAGAAGGUUGCUUUGCCCGUGCUGUAUGGACGAUCGACAGGGCUAUACACUCAAACCUUUUAAAGAUAUAAUCGUCACUGUCAAAAACGUUUAUUUUAAAACUAAUUUAUUCUUCAUAUAUUACAAAAAAAUAAAUGAUUAUUUAAGAAGUGUUACAAAUCUUGCAGAGACGUGAUUGAAAAUGUGCUCUGAGACAAAAAUAUUUCUAACAAAGUGUUCAGUAGCAGAUUCUGUGAAUUAGCUAG